AUGUCUCCGAUUUCUCUGAACCCUCCUCCAUCUCCACCGCGCUCCCUCUACCUCAAACCCAAGCCCAUGCACCCCUUUCCCACUCUCCCAAAACCUAAACUUUCUCUGAAACCCUCCCUCCACAAAUCCCAUAAUUCCACCAACGUCCCCUCUCUUCUUCCCGCCACCCCAAAACCCCAAAACGACCUCCCUUUUUCUCAGACUUUCCAUUCUCUCACUUCUCUCAAACCCUACAUUCUCUCCCAACACAAGCCAAUCCUCUUAGGCUGGCUCUGCAGCCUCGUCUCUGUCUACUCUCUCUCCAAAACCGUACCCAAAAUCGGCAAAUUCUCCACCUUUAUCGAAAAUUUGGACUCCAUCACAUUGAAAAAUGAGGGCUUGGCCGUGGGGGUAUUGGUCCUUGCGAGGCUUGUUGCUGUGUAUUGGCAGCAAGCGUUUCUCUGGGACGCGGCUUUGAACGCUGUGUAUCGGGUUCGGACUGCCGUGUUCGAGAAGGUUCUGGAGAGGGACUUAGAGUUCUUCGAAGGUUAUGGCGGUGUUUCGAGCGGAGAUGUUGCUUAUAGGAUCACUGCUGAGGCCUCUGAUAUCGCUGACACAGUGUUUGCUCUUCUCAAUACCACUGUGCCCAGUGCUUUGCAGCUGUUAGCUAUGGCUGCUCAGAUGUUGGCUAUCAGCCCUUUGCUAUCUUUGAUUUCAGCUGUGGUGAUUCCAUGUAUGGCUCUUAUCAUCAUCAGACUUGGCGGUAAACUCCGUAAGAUUUCUAACAAGGCCCAUCUUAGCAUUGCUGCUCUCUCUGCUUAUCUCAAUGAGGUCCUCCCAGCAAUUCUUUUUGUGAAAGCAAGCAAUGCAGAAUUGUGUGAGUAUGCUAGGUUUAGGAAGCUUGCUCACGAUGACCUCUCUGCACAUUUGGAAAAGAAGAAAAUGAAGGCGCUUAUUCCUCAGAUCGUACAGAUUAUAUAUUUUGGAGUGUUGUUUAUGUUGUGUGCUGGAUCACUGGUGUUUUCUAGGAGUUCUUUCGACAGCGGUGGCAUGGCUUCAUUUGUAACAGCAUUGAUUUUUCUGAUUGAGCCAAUUCAGGGUGUUGGAAAAGCAUACAAUGAGUUGAAGCAAGGAGAACCGGCUAUUGAACGCUUGUUUGAACUUACUAGGUUCAAACCAAUGAUAAAGGAGAAACUGGAUGCUGUUGAUUUAGACCAAGUUACAGGAGAGGUCAAAUUUUGUGAUGUAUCAUUUAAAUACGGGGACAAUAUGGCUUAUAUUUUGAAUGGAUUGAAUCUGCAUAUUAAAGCUGGAGAGACAGUUGCUGUUGUCGGGCCCUCUGGAGGAGGAAAGACAACCCUUGUAAAACUACUUCUUCGGCUUUAUGAUCCUUUAUCUGGUUGUAUACUUAUUGAUAACCACAACAUCCAGAGCGUGAAGUUAACAAGUUUGAGGAGACAUGUUGGCCUGGUUUCCCAGGAUAUAACACUUUUUUCAGGAACAGUUGCUGAAAAUAUUGGGUACAGGGAUCUGUUGGCAAAAAUUAACAUGGAAAUGGUAGAGGAUGCAGCAAGAACUGCAAAUGCAGAUGAAUUUAUCAGAAAUCUCCCAGAUGGAUACAAAACCAACAUAGGACCAAGAGGCUCAAGUUUGAGUGGAGGUCAGAAGCAAAGACUAGCUAUUGCAAGGGCACUCUAUCAGAAUUCUUCUAUAUUGAUUUUGGAUGAAGCUACUUCUGCUUUAGAUAGCAGGUCUGAGUUGUUAGUUAGACAAGCUGUCCAGCGCUUGAUGGAAAAUCACACGGUCCUGGUGAUUGCUCAUCGGUUGGAAACGAUUCUGAUGGCUAAACGAGUGUUCCGUUUAGAUGCCGGAAAACUUGAAGAGGUAACCCGCUCGAGUCUUUUGGGUGGUCAGCAUAUGGCAUGGGGCUCGUCAUGUGAUUGCCAUGGCAAACAGUAG